AUGGAGAGAGGGUCAAGAAGAAAAAACGAAAAGUGGAGGCGGAAAGGAAUCUCAAAGAACCCUAAUCCCAAAAUCGAAGCAAGAAACCAGUAUUUGGAGAUUCAAGGACUACCUGAGUACCCCGUCACCGUCGAAGGUCUGAAUUCCCAAAUAACCCACCAUCCCCUCUUUAGAUCACUACAGACACUGCACAUGGAUGACUAUCACAACCCUACUUUCACGGGUAGUACUGGUGGCUGUCCAAGGGAACCAUGGCAUGACUUGCAUUGUAAAAUUGAUGGUCUAGCAGCUUACGAUAUUCUGACCAACUUUGAGGAGUGCUGGUUAAGAGCUGUGAAACUUACAAGGAAAAAGCGUUUGUAUGAUGAUGCAUUGCUCAAGAUAGAAAGAGUUUCAAAUAUAAUUCACGUGUCUGAUACUCCUAGUGUUGGUGAUGAUAAUCCUGAAGCUUGGCAUACUCAGAUAUUUCGUUCCAUUGAUUCAACCUCUGUCGAAGGAUUUCCAAAGGAGCCAAAAGAUGCAUUGGAAAAGAAUCUAAUAUGUGGGAAGAAUGUGUUGAUUGACAUGAGCAUACAUACAGCAUAUGUAAAGGUCAUUCGUGCCGUGCAGCAUUACAUUUAUAUAGAGAAUCAAUAUUUCAUUGGUUCUUCAUACAAUUGGAGCGAAUAUAAAGACCUUGGUGCAAAUAAUUUAAUUCCAAUGGAGAUUGCCUUUAAGAUUGCCGAAAAAAUAAAGGCAAACGAGAGGUUUGCAGUAUACAUAAUUAUUCCAAUGUGGCCAGAGGGUGAUCCAACAGGUGCUGCCACUCAACGGAUUUUAUUUUGGCAGCAUAAAACAAUGGAAAUGAUGUACAAGACAAUUUACAAUACUUUGGUUGAAGUUGGGCUCGAAGCAGUGUUUUCUCCACAAGACUAUUUGAACUUUUUCUGUCUUGGAAAUCGAGAAGCAGUAGAUAUGCACGAGAACAUUAUUGGGUCUGGAAUUCCUCCCCCACCAAAUACACCACAAGUAAUCCUCGUUGCACAACUGGAAGUAGCAGAGCACAUUGGUUAUUUCAGCAGCUUCUAUCCCAAGCCACUCAAUGUCAUGAUGCACCUCAACCUAGCAUGCCAUCGAAUUCCAAUAUACAGGGUUGCAGCGUCAUUUGUAUGUUGA